UAGAAUUUGUUCCACUUCCUUCAGUACAAGAGGCGUAAAAUUUUGGACGCUGUUUCGUGUAGCCGUUGAAAGUAACUAAAUUUCACAAAAAUGCCGGGUGGUGGAAUGUCAGGAAUUACAGUGGCUGGUGAUGCCUUCACAGCUUACCAGGCUUUACAGAAGAACAAGGAACAUAGUUUUAUUGUAUUCAAAAUUCAGGACGAAAAGACAAUCAUCGUGGCUGAGAAGGGGGACAAAAGUCUAACGUGGGACGAUUUGAUCUCUCGUUUACCUGCCGACAAUGGGGCCUAUGUUGUUUACGACUUAUCAUACAAAGCCAAAUCAGGAGCAGAAAAUACAAAACCCAUCUUAAUCACAUGGGCACCAGAUGCUGCACCUAUAAAAGUAAAGAUGAUGUACUCGUCCAGCAAAGACUCUCUGAAGAAGGCACUUGGACAGGGUUUGGGUAUUGAAAUCCAAGCCAACGACCUGUCAGAUUUGGAUUUGAAUGAGAUCAGGCAAAGACAAGAAAGUAAAUACUAAUAGACCUCAACAGACCAUCAUUUGUGUAGAGUGGAAUUGUCUCUGCAAAGAUGACGAAAGCUUUUCUUGAGGACAUAAAUUUGGUUAAAUCAUCAAUCUAGUGCUGAACUGAAUUUUGGAAAUGGGGAUUAUCAUCUUAACUGACUCUAAACGAAUUUCUUCAUAGACAGUUUUAUGCUUUGUUGGCUAAUUUAUCUUCCUGGUUUUUUUUAUUUGUUUGUUUUCUGGGCUUUCAGGUAGAACAAUACAGAUUGUUAAUAGAUUUCAGGUCUUAUUCAAUAAUGUACCUUGUAAUAGUAAAUAUCCGUGGACUUUGGUGCAUUGUAAUUUAUGGAAUGAGAGAAUUUUGGUAAUUUAAGAUGCAUGACACGCUUAGUGCUUGUAUUGUGUAGUCAGGUUAAAUAGGAAUUAGUCCACCAUGUUCAGACGUACUUGAAUAAGAUAAAAAUAGAAUGAUCCUCACAUUGGACUGAAAUGAACAAGUACAAGGGGUGCCAUAGAUGUUUUGUAAACAACCUUGAUAGAGAGGAAUGAAAAAGACAAGUCUUUGUUAACAAACACUUUACAACAAUGAGUUAGUAAUUAUGUAAUCAAAUUGUAGCUUAUGAUAUUUGAUAGAAAGCACUGUGUAUUUCAAAUUGUGAUUUAUUCAUUUCAUUGUACAAUAUUUUUGUAACAGUUGCAAGGCAGGAAAUUUGGGAUAUAACAUAUCUUUUCCGUGGCAUAUAUAUACGAUGGUUGUGUUUUUCAGACUGGUUUAUGUGCCAAUUUCUAUUUGUGCAAGUUGUUUGGCAUUAUUUUUUUUCUUUUUAUUUUAAAUAAUUUAAGUUGUGAAAAUUUUGAAGUAAAUUUACCCCACCCAGAACAAAAGUUUUGAGAGCAGAUACAAAAAUUAGUUGAAAAUUUCGAGCUCAAAUAUUAGUAGCCAAUAUGCCUAUAUUGGAAUGGUAUAUUAUUUCAUAACAAUGUAAAUUAUACAAAUUUUGUAUGCAAGAAUAAAACAUUUCCAUUUUCA